UUUGGUGUUCUUCAAAAGCUAGUUUCUAAUUCAAUAAACACAAACUAAGACAAUUUUUUUUUUGCGAAAUUGACUCAAACGUUAACAAACAGUCGGUUUAGGUCCACUAUCAGUCCCAAAUGGAAUCGGUCGGCAUAGAAGUUCCAAAGUUUAGUCAUCGCAAACACCUGGAAUCGAUCCGGGGUCUGGCUUGUCUUCUGGUCAUUCUCUUCCAUUGCGACCUAGUAUCUUUCUCAAAUGGAUAUCUAGGAGUGGACGUGUUUUUCGUUCUCUCUGGAUAUUUGAUCACAUCAAUUUUGCUGAGAGAAUUAGCCAGCAAGGGUGAAAUUCAUUUCACCCAAUUUUACUGUCGCCGUUUUACACGACUUUUUCCAGCUUCAGCUGUUGUUAUAUCACUUACAGCAGUUAUUUACAAAAACACUGAGCUUCCUGAAUAUGCAAUGAAACAUGAAGAUUCAUUUAUCGCGUCUGCACUUUACGGUGAAAAUUGGUAUGCUCUCAAAGUUGCCAUGGACUAUUUCACCGAUAAAGGAUCAGACCAGAGCCCCGUAGUUCACUUUUGGUCUUUGUCAAUCGAAGAACAAUUCUAUUUUGUUUAUCCUCUGUUUUUAUCAUUCGUCUGGUCAAUUUCGCAAACAAACAGAUUAUUUCGUUUACUUAUUACCUUUAUUAUGUUUUUGGUUUUGGCAAUUGGUAUUAAUUUUUACAUGUGGCACAUUGACCCUAUGGUAUCUUAUUUCUCGACAUUUGGUCGAUUUUACCAAUUGCUAUCAGGUUCCGUUCUCGCCAUUAUGCUUCUGAUUCGAGAUGUUUCCAAAAACUCAAAGCCACUCUCGCGUUUUGUUCCGUUUGCAGAUUACUUUGCAGGCUUGACUCUAAUCAUUUUUGUAUUUGUAAUUUAUUUUUGUCGGUCUAUUGACGCAUUUUAUAUGGGUCAAGUAACCGUCAUUCUCUCAUUUUCUCUAAUUUUCUGGCUCGAGCUUUCGAAUAAUGAAAAUAAUUUGAUUCAAGUUUAUCUCUUUGAAAAUGAGUUUCUUUGUUUCAUGGGUAAACUGUCAUAUGGUAUGUACCUUACACAUGUACCCAUUGCUAAGAUUAUGGACAUAUUUGGCUGGCUAUCUCUUGAAGGUUCUCUGAGAGGAGCUGAGAUUGUUUCAGUUACUUUUAUAGCAGCUCUUAUUAUAUUCUACUUAGUUGAGCGACCAUCAAAAGAUGCGCUUAAUAACUGGAAACUGAAACCUGUAUGGAAAUUAAUUGGCUUUGCUUGUUUAUCGAUCCUACAAGCUGUUUUUAUUUGUUUGAUAUUCUCAAACUCGGGUUAUUUUAUCACAAACCACCCACUAAAAAUUAAAAAUCAAAAAUCUGUUUGCGACAAUUUUCGAAAAUUGGGCUCUGUUUUUCUCAACGGUGACUCAUAUACGCACGCUUGGGCUGAUGUAUUUCUCGAAACGCACAAAAUUUGUAUUAUUUCAGCAAAGUACACUUUUAUUAAAAGUCCGGGUGCGCCGUAUCUCACUGUAAUUGAAAAAGUUGCGAACUAUAACGACGGCUAUCAAACAUUUCGUCUACAGUCAGAAGACUUUUUAAGAAAUGAAGAACCGAAUGUUACUUUAUUUUUCUCGAGAUCAAUAUUAAGUCAGCCCAAGUUAUGGUACUCAAAUUACUCUGGAAUUGGAGCCAAAUCGAAGGAAAACGAGUGGAAAAUACUCAUAAGCGAAGCAUUUUCCGAGUUUUUACCCCGAACACUAAAUCACACAACUGGCAUUUUCAUGAUAGAACAUCCGCACCCAAAAAUUAACCCAAUGAAAUGUAUCAAACGAUUACAAAACGUGUACGGAACUGAUUGGAAAAAUCGCUCAAAUGAAUGCAAAAUCGAGCUUGUAUAUGAUAGGGGGAUUGUCUUUUUGAAAACCUUGUUCGAGCGCUUCAAAAAAGAGUAUAAGAACUUCUUUUACAUAGAAUUGGGACCCCUCCUGCUAGGAAACAAGUCUAAUUCCUUUGUAGUUGAUGCAGUACUGGAUGACGACAUAGUUUAUGGUGACGACGCUCACAUCACUAAAGAAUUUGCAAGGAAGCAGCAGCACCUACUGCUCUCGGCGAUAACAAGACUGAUAGGCUAAAUAUUUUCUUCAAUCUAUUCAAUCUAAGAUCCGGAAAUGCAGUAUUCAUUGGUGGUUGAGGGUCCGA